UAGGCCGUGACCGGGAUACGAUACCAACAGGUGAUGCUGGAGUAGAGAGACACUCCCUCGAGCGGCGUCGUUGAUCGUCUCCCCCGAGUCCUGAUCCUAACGGUGAUUUAGUAUAGUUUUCAGCGGGUCUCCCCGGCUGGCGAGCCGCCAGCAUUCGUCCGAAGCGAAGCGGGCCCGAGACCGGGAGGAUAAGAUCUCGUUAGAGAGAGAGUCGGACACACAGGAGCGAUGAACGAAGAGGAUCGCCGGGACACGGUGAACCGUUAACGAUCGGCGACGCGUCUUCGAUCGCGCCGAUGAUUUAGUGAACUCGUUUCCGCGGUGUUUGUCGCUCUCGUUCCGCUCGGUUCCACGCGGCCCCGCUGCCCCCGGCGGCCUGUGACACCUAACGGACUCCCGAUCCGAAGGAUUAAGCCGGCCCACGACGACAUCCGGCCCAGGUAGAACUCUCGGUGCGCCGUGAUCUCGACGGAGCAGUUCCAAUCCUGGAGUUGGGAAAAUCGGUUUUCAACAGCCGAGAGUCGCCGCGACGAGACCCGUAGGAUCUCUGCUCUUCCGCGACGCGAGACCGUCGGAAACGUGUGAGAGAAGGCAGACGACAGGUGGAUCGUAAACUUCGCUCGACUCCGAGUUCGGACAAAUAAAUCUGCUCUCGGCUUGCGGAUUAUUUGGAUGCCGGCUAGCGCGCUUUUUAGAACCGACGACGCUGAACAGAAGCGUGUUCCGAGUGGUAAACAAAAGAAUAACGGGGAAUCGCGGUCGCGAUGAAAACAGUGGUGUUAUCGUAUCAAGCGUUUCCGCGGCGGCGGAAUUCGUCGCUCGAAUGAGCCGGAGGGUGCACGGGAAUCGGUGAAAUUCCGGCCGACCAAAGCAACAGGAUGCUCGUGCUGCGUGUACGUUUGCUCGAUGGAGAAGCCGAUGGAAAGUGCGUCCCCGCGACAACGGAUCCGCGUUCCUCGGGCUGUUAUAUGUUAUGCGAAGCUAUUCACCUAACCCCGUGAGUCAAUGAAACGAAGCUUGGAAAUCGCUGAUAAAGCGGUCUUGUACCUCGAGGAGGAGUCCGCGUCGGGAGCGGAGCUAUUGAAAACGAGCCGGUGCCGGAGGUUGUUGCGCGGUCUUCGCGGAACGAAUAAAAGAGCGUUCGCACAAUAAGUUCUCGAGACAGGAGAGUUCUCGUCGGAAGUGUUGCCGGAGAAAGAGACCGAGCCACGGAUCGAUGCAAAUGAAUCGAGUCGGAAAGUACGAAAUGAGCGGGUUGCUGAAUUAGAGCAACCGACGACCCGCGGCGAACAACGAUCUUCGCAGAGUUGAGCCUGAGCGCGAUGCAAUUCCCGGCCAAUUUCAUCCGCGGUGAAACGUUCUACACGAGCACCGGCCGCGGUCGACCGCUCGAUUAAGAGAUUCUACGAGCUCGUAAAACAUUGGCGGCUCGCGGUUUUCGAUGGUGAACCGUUUCGAUCGCGAUGCGUGCGCGAUAACGGGAGCACGAUGAGUGGAGAAGAUUUUAUUGGACAGGUCGGGGAUAUCUUUCUGGAAAGGUCAAGUGGGAGUACGCUGGGGACACGUGUCGAGGCGACGCGGGUUAUAUUUCCGUGAGAGUAGCGGUAUUGCCGACGAUUUAUGAGCGGCGAACGAUCGCGCGUGCAAGGCCUCGUGCAGCUCGGCGGGCGAAAAUAAUUGGCCGCCCUUCGAAAGCUCGGCCGAUCGCCCUAAUUACACGGCCGCACGUUGCAGCAGGGGCGAAUCAAUAUUUCCGAAAUAUUGCACGUGGAGGAUGCGUGUCCGCCGGCGAGAGCAACGGAACGAAAGCAGCCCGGCAUCAACGCGAUACGCUGAGCGUCGCGACGCGACUACGGCUCCGGGGUUCAGCUGUCCAGGAGAACUAAUUGGCGUCUGCUCGACGACGACACCGCGUGUUAAUCCCGUAAUUAGAGGGAAACCCGAAGUGGGACCGUUGAAACGACAAACGCGAUUCAAGAGCCACGAGUCUGAGUGCGUUUCGCGCUCGUCUCCUCGACGACGGGGAUCCCCGCGCGGAAUGAUUUGCGACGCGCCAUGUGCUGCAAGAAAAAUAAACCCGCACCGUCGCUCGACCCGCGCCAAUUUCCAACCGAGCUCGGACAAUUCCCUAUGAUUAACCGCUCCUAGGGUCUCCUAGCGGCCAUUCGCUUCCGCGAACACGCGGAAAUUGUCGGUGCUCGCCGAGUGCUUUACGACUGACUGUUUCGAACACUCGGAACCACGCUUCACCGGCAGACGGAAGAGUGGAUGACGAUGGUGUGAUAAUGAGUCUGUAGAGGCGGCAAGCGCAAAAUGCCCCAAGGAAGCAUACAAUACCAAGGGACGCAGAGAAGAGCCUGCGGUCCGGGAGCGCACUGGAAUGUCCAGGUGGUGAGAGACAAGGUGACAACAAGGUGUUUGUGGUACGCCUGCGAAGCUCUUGGAAUUGGCCUGCUAUUAAUGCUUUUAGGAGCUUGCAUGGCGACUAUAGGUUACUUCGCAGAUCAGCUGUCCGUGGCUCAAGAAGUUAGAGGCAAUCUAACAAUAAGAGUGAAGAAUGAGUCACGCGGAUUCCAUCUGAACAACCUUAGUUAUGCUGGACCAAUCGUUAUGGGCGUAGGAGGAUUUAUCGUAGUGGCUGCUUGCGUAAUGACCUUCGAGGCUCGUGAUAACGCUGCCAAAGUGGUGCCAGCGCGUUUUCGCUUUAAUCAAACGUCGACAAUAAAGAGCAUAAAAAACCAACGGAACCGAAGAUCUAUAUCUAGCCAGACGACCAAAUGGGACCACCAACUUGGUGUGUUCAGGGUGAACAGGAGUCCAAGUCCAAGCAUCCACGAGGUUUUAAGGAAACAGUUGACGGCGGAGUUUAUGCAGUUCUCGAAGGAACUGGACGACAAACAGACUGGCCACUGUAUUAAAAAGAGUCCCAGCGCGCCCACGCUAAUUGAUAAAAAAUCGCCCCGCAAAAGAACCACGAAGUACGCUGGAUGCGCACUGUUAAAUCCAGAAUUACUACAAAGACAUGCCCUGUCUGUUGACAAUCCUAGCUACAGUACACAUCAGACGAGCAGGGAGAGCUUGGAGCAACAGAAAAUGGGUGGCAGCCAAAUUUCGAUGGCGAUGGAUUUGCACAUCCCCAAUAAAGGUCCUAUUACACUGAAAGUGAAGGACAGGUCGGACACCGCUAGACGACAUCAGCUGCUUCGACAGACAAAGGUGGAAGAAGUGGAUGAAUCGGUUUGGUCACCAAACACUCGCGGUUACUCGCCUAAUCUAGCAGGAAAAAGAAACUCGAUAGAUAUAAGACUGGUCGAGGAGCUGACUGCAACGAAAGACCUCAUGAAAGUCUCUCCCAGAGAUUUCCGCAAGAUUUCCUCACCGAGCUUCCAUAAAAUGUCUUUCGAUAAAGUUGGAAGUGAACGUAGGAUCGAAAGAUCAAUGGGUCAACGGAAAGCGAGUCUGGAAUUCAGAAGGAGCCCCGACUUCCGAAGGGGAGAUUACAGAAAAUUGUCGGUAGACCGAUUCAGCGUCGAUUGCACGAGAUAUCUGUCGGAGGAGAUGGGAAUCAGAUCAAGGACGAACAGCGGCGAGAACCUGAAGAGACAACGUCAACCGAAGCUCUAUCAGUCCCGAUCGGACGACAAUAGAAGGCAAUCCUUCGAUAAACACCACAAAGAGUCGAGCAGACACUCGCUGAAUACGCAGGCGGUGAUCGAGACCGGCGGAAUGGACUCCGAAUUCAAGUAUUUCACGAGAACCUCUGUCGACGCCGAAGGCAGUCGCGCGGAUAUUUCGGAUGAAAGCCGCGGAAUCGAUAUCGACGACCAAAUCGUCGUUGCCAUUUCUUCCGAAGGGCUGACCGAGGCCGACGCCUUGCUCGAGGAACCCGAAUUGGAGAACCUCCCGGAUAAUUGUGCGGAAAACUCGACGGACUGUCGUAACGGGAAUGAACGAUACAACUCGUCGAGAAUGGGCCAUUUGGUAGUGGAACUUCAUAGGUCGAACGAUCAAAAAACUGAUCGGUUUGUUAGUGAGAGUUUCCGAGAUUACUCGCCACACGAGGAAACGCUGUACAUAGCGGAUGACGAGGUUUAAAGACUCCGUGAGUCUCUAUCGAUUAUCCAGAAACGGUUGCCUAACUUUCUUAAAUAGCUCAAAGAAAUAGCUCUAAGAGGUGUCUCUUUACAAUAUUAAAUGUUUGUCCAGUUUUCACGAGUAUUCGAUUGUGAUUUGUGAAGUGACCGUCUUCUUUGGCUGAAAUGAAUACGCUUUCAUUCUUUUAAAACAAUGUAGAUAUUCUGGAUUUUAUCAAAUUGGAAGAUGCGGGUAGAGAUGAUGAACUGUUGAACAUGGUAGACGAACGAUACUUUAUACAUUAGUUCGUGCAACUGAACAGUUUUUUGGAGAAUGGAGCGUUUCCAAAUGGUAAACGUUUCUUGGUAGAAAACGGUUUUUAAAAAUGAUAUUGAGUGUGGCGUGCUUCGAUCGAUAAGCUCGCGAAAACGGAAAAUAAAAGCGCAUUUAUUUCAAUCGAAGAGAACAGUCAUUGUAUACGUCACGGCCCGACAAUCUUUCAUUUCCAGAUCUACGAUUUAAAAGAUUUCGAAACACUGUUAUGUCCUUGUCGUUUGAAGACGCGUUUGUUAGAACAUGAGCCGUUCCUACCGAUAAACAGCUGACAGGAAUUUGAUAAAUAUUGCAUUAAAAUUCUCGAGAAAUAGAAUUCUCAAGAAUAGUUGAUUGAAACUUGCAUCGCGUUUCCUAAAUGAAAUUGAGUCUACGCCGCGUUUCGUCACACUUAUGAUCUUUUUACGUAAGCUCGAAGACAUUGUUCAUUCGUCGAUGACUUUUAAAAUGCCCUAAAGUUAUUAAUUAACUGUACAUGUUAUAAAUCUGACAACUAGGAAACUAAUUGCUUUCUUAAAAUCAUUGAAAAUUUCACGAUGCAACCUGUCCCUCGUUUCUAUGCUAUUUAUACUAAAUGCAACUGUAACCGCGCAAUUUAGUGGAAGAAUUUCUCGAUCGAGUAAACCAAAAAUGCAAAGAAACAUCAAUUAGUAUAGUCAACUAGCAGUAACGAGUGAACUCGUUUCACCGAUUAGCUGGUUAAAUCGUGAAAUUAUCGUUACGUUAUAAAUAGCGUCGGUGAUAACAAUCUCGAACGAUCACGAAAGAGAGCAGCGCGAGAGAGCAAGAUUAAUCUUUAGUUCGAAGACAAUCAUCUGUAUGAACGUGUAAUAUUUCUUUUAUUAAACCGACCGAACGAUAGUUUGCCAAACCGGUGACAAAUAAUUAAAUACGUUGCGUAAAAUAAGAACUAAACAGACGAAAUGGAGAGAUGCUAUAGAACGUAGAAGUUGCGGUCAAAUUGUGAAACAUAUUUCUGCCAUAAACAAUAGUCGAAGCUCUAUAUAACUAUAGAAAUCUAUUAAAAUGAGUGUUGCAAGCUGUUCAGCGAGAACCAGUAGAAUUUUGUAUACAAAUAUAAAAAGAACAAAGUGGUUCGCUCAUUUCGUAUUCUAUACGCGUAGAUACUGAUUAGUAAUUAUAAUAACCAACUUCUGUUCUUGUACAUUGGUUACUACUGCAAACGCGUACGUAAAUACAAAUUUUUAUGAGCUAGUUUAUAGCGGGUGAGAAAAUGAAGAAGAAUCGUUUGCUCAGAUACGAUCCUAAUCAUAACGCAAAUACGAUUAUUAUAUCAUAUAUAUGGUAUAUAGAAUAUGAUAUCAUAUAUAUGAUAUCAUAUAUAUAUAUAAUAUGAUUAUUAUAUCAUCCCCACCGAAAAUGUUACCUAAACACUUCGCUAUACUUGAUUCGAGGGGAUUGUGUACUAUAACUGCAUCAAAGUCUGCAGUCUAAUUGUUGCUAAACAACUUUACACGUGUAUAAUAUGAGAAUAUAUACCUUUGAGGAUGAAAGCAUAGGAAA